AUGUCAUCAGAAACGUCUUAUCCCUUUUCACCGCAUUACUCCCGCAUAGAUCCAAUUGAGCCUGGGGGGCCACUGUUUCAAAGUGGUACAUCUCCGAGGACAUCGAACCAACUUCAUAGCUUUCAAUUGUCUACUGAUGACAUAAACUCAUCUUCAUCGGAGUACAAGCUAAAGGAAGAGACGCCGACACCUGUUAAUAUCCUGGAUUUUUCCCUGAGUCCUGUUUAUGCUCCUAGUGGCAUUCUUCAUACCCCAACAUCAAUGAUUGUUCCAACGCCCAGAAUAAUGCAAGGAAGUUUUCAAGCGUCACCGAAUAUCCCUUUUGAACCUUCUGGACAAAGUGCCGAUAUGAAUCCUGCCGCAGGUAUAUAUCCUACGGGCGUUCAGUUGAAUUCUGUGGUUCAACCGCAAGUCGAGCAAACACAGUUCCCUUCUGAACCUCACUAUGGCCAGCACGAACGGUUUUCUGCAUCUAUGAUUUCGACAGGGGAAGUUUUCAUCAAAAACGAAGAACAUAAUAAAGUUAAUGGUCUCAUAUCUUCUCUUACGGAAUGCGCUAAUGUACCACUAUACAAACCUAAAGAAGAUGGCAUUACUAUUGAGCAGUUCUUGAUGGAAGAUCCAUUCAAAAGCAUGGAAGGAAUUACCGAAGUACAAGACCCCCUUAUCAAAGUCGAAGAUACGGAUCUGGCAUCCACUUUGACUGACCUACUGGAAAGGGAAGAAAGAUCACGAACUACGUCGCCAAAAGAUGCUAUGCGCAUUAUUAAGAACAAUUUUCAUGAAUUUAAUAGAAGCAGGGAGGAAGGACGCACUGGCCUGUUUUCAAGAGUUAUUAGGAAGACGAAAUCAUUUUCUGCUGCUGUGUUAAAGACAUCUAAAGAAUUCUCCCUUCCGAACUUCACCUUCGAAGAUUGUGCUAGCGAAUUUCAUGUAUUGGAAGGUAACUACUCUUUUGAAGAUGAAACUGCGAAGGUAAGCAAGCAAUGUGAUCUGGGAAUCGGCACACCAAUUUCAAAAAAAAAGUCUGCAUCAAAGUUAAACAAGCCACCUUCUAUGCUUCGGAAGUCAAAAACAACAUCGAAUCUAUGCAUGCAAUAUUCUUGCCGUUCAAAGCCCAAAGUGUUGAAGAAUAUGGAGUCUGGUCUUUUCUCGUUUCAGCUACAAGUUAAGAAUGCUGAACAUAAUCAAGGAUAA